AUGGCCCACCACGCCCCCGGGAUUGGGGAAGCCUUGGCCGUUGUUCGCAAACUGGCCGCUACACGGCCGCCCCCGAAGAAGCCGGAGGAGCAGCCGCCGCCGCCCGCAUAA